AUGUUGUUCCAAGUGAUUUAUCUUUUAGUGUGCAGUGUUUUAAUUUUAAAUGCAAGUAAAGUGGAAUGGAAAAAGGAGAUCGAUCAAAGGCCAAAUAUUGUUGUGAUCAUGGCUGAUGAUCUUGGAUCAUAUGAUAUUAGCUUGAAGGGAAGCAAUCAAAUUCUAACGCCUAACAUUGAUGCCCUUGGCUAUCAAGGAGUAAUCUUCAAGCGUCACUACACUGAGUCACUUUGCACUCCAUCAAGGGCAGCUUUCCUUACUGGUAAAUCCUCCAUCCACAUUGGUCUACAGAGUUCUGUAAUACUCUCUGGAGAACCACGAGGUUUACCCAUUGAUGUGAAAAUUCUUCCUGAAUAUCUAAAGGAAAUUGGCUAUAGGACUCACAUUGUGGGGAAAUGGCACUUGGGGAUGGCAAAGAAGGAUUUUAUCCCUACACACAGAGGCUUUGACUCCCACACAGGACACCUAGGAGAAUUUAUUGAUUAUUUUGACUUUACUCGUAUGACCGAAUCAUAUACCCGCGGUUUUGAUUUUCGAUGCAAUGAAAGUGUCUACCGGGAUAGAGUUGGUCAGUACGCAACGGAAGUUCUGACUGAUGAGGCAAUGAAGAUUAUUAGGAAUCACGAUACUACGUCUCAUCCACUAUUUCUCUACCUUGCACAAGCAGCUGUGCAUGCUGGCAAUAGUGAUAAACCCUUGCAAGCUCUAGCUAGAGAUGUGGAUAAGAUAAACCAUAUUAGGGAUCCUAGAAGAAGGCUUUAUGCUGCAAUGGUAAAAGCUUUGGAUCGAUCAGUUGGGAAAAUUGUUCAAGCACUGGACUUCAAAGGAAUUCUAGAAAAUACAAUUAUUUUAUUCUUUUCCGACAAUGGUGGUCCUACUGAAGGUUUUCAUUCCACUGGUGCAUCAAAUUUUCCACUGCGUGGGCAAAAAGAUGGUCCUUGGGAAGGAGGACUCCUUGGAACAGCCGUUAUUUGGAGCCCUUUUCUCCAAAAACGACACUAUGUCUCAAAUCAAGUGAUUCACAUCACGGACUGGCUUCCAACAUUCCUCGAAACAGCAGGCUUCACAUGGAGCAGCAGGGGCAGCAUAAAUGCCCUCGAUGGUCAUAGCAUCUGGCCGACUUUAACGUCCAGUAGACCACUAAGAGAUCGUGAAAUUGUUCACAACAUCGACACAAUAGAAGGCUACACAUCCUACUACACGCAUGGCUGGAAGUACAUCAAUGGAACUAUGUGGGAGGGUAAACAUGAUAGCUGGCUAGGAAAUAUGCCAUACGAAACUAGUCCAGAAGCUCAUCAAUACGAAAACAUUGUAAUGAAUAGCAUCACGUGGAGAGUACUGAAUCCUUUUGCCAGGAUGCACCUACAACCAAAUAACGUGAAAAGCUUGCGGAGUAGGACUGCAUUUCAUUGCCAAAAGAAAUUAUGGUUUUCUCGAGAAUGCAAGCCUCGGGAAGCUCCUUGCUUGUUUAAUGUGUACACAGAUCCAUGCGAAGUCAAUAAUGUGGCCCAUCUAUUGCCUGACUAUUUGAACUUGAUUCAAAGGCGAUUGCAAUACUUGCAAGAAAAUAUGGUGCCACCAUCCAAUGUUCCUGGAGAUCCAAAUGCAGAUCCUGCACUAAAUGAUGGAUUGUGGACAUGGUGGCUUGAAUCUUAA